AUGAUUAAAAAACUUGAAAUCGGGCAUAUCAAUUCCUUUAUAAGAACAAAUGAGAUUUUCGGAUCUACCGGCCGAUUACACAAAUUUUCAUUGGCUCGAAUGAUCAUAUAUGGAACGUUUAAUCAUAAAAGUGUCUUAAGAAUAUUUUGCACAAUGAAUACAAUGAAUAAAUACUUGCCUCAAAACGAUUUUAUCAACUAA